AUGAGCGAGCAGGCGCAUUACAAUGUGCGCCAGAGUGCGUCUCACGCCAAGUCGAUAGGAAUCACCCAGCGCGCCACGCCUCUGCGAUUCCCCUGGGUCGGCGACCUGCGCGUGAGGUUCUCAGACUUCCAGGUCAAUGAAAUUGGGAAGGACGGAGCCGUCGUGCAUCUGCGCAAAAUUGGACUGAAUGGCCAAGAAAAGCAGACGACAGACGCUGCACCAGCGCAAGAGGUCGAUACGUCCAAGCAACAACAAGAUUCAGCCGGAAAGGCCGAUGCCAACGAUGCCAAUGGCGCCAAGGAUGCACCCCAGGAGAAGGAGAUUAUAGAGAUUCCAGCAGAAGAUGUCACGGCUCUCAGCAAUCUGGCUGGCGAAAAGUUCGCACAAGAGCUCGUAGACUUAUUCCGAGAAGGCCAGGUGGACGCUUCGGAAAAGAAGAAGCCUGUCGUCUCUGAGCCCGUUGACGACAAGUUCAAGCGCGGCGAGAUCCAUCAGGAGAUCCGACGGAUCUUCAACUCCAGAAUAGAGACCAGCACAGACGAUGCUGGCGCCAUCGUUGCGAGCUAUGCGGCGCCCACGCGGCGAGGCAAAAGAGGCAGAGGCGGACGCAAUCGCAACCGAAACAAGCAAGACGACCAGCCCAUUGGCGAGUAUCUUCACUUCACUCUCUUCAAGGACAACCGCGACACCAUGGAUGCCGUCAACCAGAUUGCCCGUAUCCUCAAGGUGAAGCCUCAGGUGAUCAACUACGCGGGUACCAAGGACCGACGCGCUUCUACGGUCCAGCGUUGCUCCGUCCGAUACACGCGGGACCGAAGCCUCGCAGGCAUCAACGGGAAGCUCUGGGGCAUAACGACGGGCGACUAUGAGUACAAGGCGGAGCCUAUUCAUCUGGGGGAGUUGCUGGGCAACGAGUUUGUCAUAACGAUUAAGAACUGCCAGAUCGUUGGCGAGGCCUGCACGAAACCCAUAUCUGAACAGGUCGAAUUGAUGCGUGCAAACGUCCAGUCUGCAUUGGACCACAUGACGGAGCAUGGAUGGAUCAACUACUUUGGCCAUCAGAGAUUCGGCACCCAUCAGAUUGGAACACAUGAGAUUGGAAAGCUGAUCUUGGGCGAGAACUACGAGGCUGCAAUCAACGCCAUUCUCGCCUACGACGAAGAAAUUGCCCGAAAAGCAGAGACGGAGGGCAUCCCCGACGAGCCGGCCAAGAGGGACGAAUACAAUCGCCACCUCGCUUGCAUGCUGUUCAAGACGGAAAAGGACGUCGACAAGGCCAUUGAGAUCAUGCCCCGGCGGUUCUCGGCCGAAGUAUGCGUCCUCCGACACCUCAACAGGCAGGGCAAGCAGUCCCGAAGAGACUUUGUCGGCGCCCUCAUCCACAUCACCCGGGGACUGCGUUCCAUGUACCUCCACGCGUGCCAAUCCCACGUGUGGAACCACGCGGCGAGCAGGCGAUGGGAGCUCCACGGCGAAAAGGUCGUCAAAGGCGACCUCGUCAUCGCCGAGACCGAAGCGACGCCCCAGAUCAGCGGCCAGGACCAAGACGGCGACGACAUCGUCAACCCCGUCGAGGACGACGACGACGUGCCCCUGCGCGCCAGGCCGCUCACCGAGGAAGAGGCGGCAAGCGGGCGAUACACGAUCCACGACGUCGUGCUCCCCACGCCGGGCUACGACGUCAUCUACCCGGACAACGAGAUUGGGGACUUUUACGUCGAGUUCAUGGGCCGCGAGGAGAACGGCGGGCUGGACCCGCACAAGAUGCGCCGCAUGCGCCGCGAGUUCAGCCUGCCCGGGCGGUACCGCAAGCUGAUGAACAAGUUCCUCGGCACGCCCGCCGUCGAGUUCAAGACGUAUGUCAGCGACGAGGAGCAGAUGCACCCGACCGACCUGGACCUCAUCAGGGCUGCUCGCAAGGCGAGCGGCAACGACAACAGCACCAACAGCAACAACAACAACAAGCGCUCCCGCGAGGAGGGAGAUGACGCGAGACCGAGCAAAGUAGCCAAGGUCGAACAGGAGGACCAACAAGAGUCCGACGCGGGCACACAAACCAAGGAAACAAACAACGAUGCCGCCGACAAUGAAAACAAAGCGGAUGAGCCCGCCACGGAGGCUACUACAGGCGCAAACGCAGAAGCCAUGGAGGUGGACCAGCAGCAGCCCCUCAAGAUCGCAGCAGUCAUCAAGUUCCAGCUCGGCAGAAGCGCCUAUGCUACCGUUACGCUGCGAGAACUCAUGGGCGACCCCCCUGAGAGCAGCAACACUGCCUAA